AUGAAAACAGCAGCCAGUGCCACCAACCUCGAUCUCAUGCCUUGGGCCGUGACUGCCUGCCUACGGGCCGCAGCGGACCCUGUCAAGGAGGCAUACAUGGAGAUUGCUAUUAACGGUGAAGCCAUUGGAUUUCUGAACUUCAAAUUGAGGCCAGACGUCGUGCCCAAGACUGUAAAGAACUUCGUCGACCUCCUCCCAAGAUACACCGGGACAUCCUUCCAUCGAAUUAUCCCUGACUUCAUGGUUCAGGGAGGAGAUGUACAGCGAAACGUUCUGCCAGGCGCAGACACAUCACCAGUGCCGUCUUUCAACGACGAGAACUUCGAACUGAAGCACGUUGGCCCAGGCAUCCUCUCUAUGGCAAACGCCGGGCCGAACACCAACAGCUCGCAAUUCUUUGUGACGACUGUCGCCACGCCUUGGCUGGACAACCGUCACGUUGUGUUUGGCACCGUGACAGACGACUCCAUGGAGGUGUUGAAGCGCAUUGAGGCAACAGGAAGUUCCUCUGGCCGCCCCUCUGCCCAGGUGACCGUCAAGUCAACAGGCGUCGGCCACAAGCCGAACUCCAGCUGA